GUUAUGUCCGGUCAAUUUUUUUAUGCGUCAAUUAAUUUAGGGAAUAUUUAUUAUCAACAAAAAUCCGUGUUGGAUCAGUUCCACGUGUAUCCACAACUACCAGCCUUUGCAUUCUUCUUCAUCGACCAAAAUUGUCCAAUUUUAGCUAUGAGUUUUCCGGAGUAGAAGAAAAAGGGGAAACAGUUUUGAGUUCAUUGAUCGACAACAGCUAGCCAGGGAGCAUGAAUUCAGUAACGGCAUCGGCAUCAGCAUCAGCAUACAUUUCACUUUCACUUAGCAUCUCGCCUCCUACUAGAAAAGCGUGGUCUAAAUUUCUGCCAGGAAAAUGCAAACCCCUAAUAUCAUCCAAUUUUGACUGCAAGUGCAGGGCUUUGGGAGAAGGCUCUCAGUCAGAGACGCAGUCCCAGACGACCCAACCUACAAUUUAUCAAGGCGUUUAUGGCCCUUGGACAAUCGAAGACUCUGAUAUUCGAGAGGUAAUUUUAUAUAGAUCAGGGUUAGUAACUGCGGCUGCAUCAUUUGUUCUUGCUUCUUCUACGGCUUUGCUUCCCAAUGAUUCAGUUUUGAGUAACUUGAUUGAGAAAAACCUUGAUUUGUUUUAUGCAAUUGGAUCGUGUGGACUUGGCCUGUCAUUAUUUCUUAUUCACAUUUAUGUGACUGAAAUCAAACGCUCUCUUCAAGCUUUAUGGUUCCUGGGUGCUAUCGGAUCAUUGGCAACAUAUUCUACGCUUGCUCACCCAGCUGGCAUGAAUCUAGUUCAAUAUGUUAUCGAGAAUCCAAUAGCUGUUUGGUUUGUCGGACCACUAUUUGCAUCAUUGACAGGACUUGUGUUCAAGGAAGGACUUUGCUAUGGAAAGUUGGAAGCUGGUCUUCUGACAUUUGUCAUCCCUUCCCUCCUACUGGGGCACCUGACUGGUUUUAUGGAUGACGGAGUAAAGAUUACCCUAUUGAGCACAUGGUUGGCACUGUUUGUGGUCUUUGCUGGGAGGAAGUUCACUCAGCCUAUCAAGGAUGAUAUAGGAGACAAAUCAGUAUUCAUAUUCAACGAUCUGCCAGAGGAAGAAAAAGCUGAUUUGAUCAAGAGACUUGAGCAGCAAUAAUACACUAAACAAGAGCCAUGAUUAGGAUGUUACACUUGGCUCAAAGAAAGGGAAAUGAAGUGUAUCGACUAUGUAUCAAAGAGUGAUGAACAUAAAGCCAUCAGCCCUCGCCCUACAGUCAAGUCAGCUCCUUUCCUUCGCUACUAGGAACGUAAGCAACUUCUAUUAGCGCCAGACCUUGAGUCGAGUUGAUCAUGUCCCCUUUCACAGCUAUUCAGGAGUUGCAAAGCCAGAUAUCAUGACAGUAGGAGUGUUAAUGUUAGAAGCCAGUUGCAUUAGUAGCUCUAUAGAUUGAUGUCAAAAUAGCUGCAAUUGUUAAGUUUGUGGGUGAUAGUGAAGAAAAAAAUAUUGUACUUGGAUUUAAAUACAAUUCAUCCUAUCUUUUGUAUGUAUGUUAUUAUAUUGUAUUAAAAUUUAUCAUCUUUAAUCUGGUGAAUAAAAUUACUAAGAAAUACAACUUCUUUAGUCAAA